GAAAUUGGUCUCUUUGCAAUGAGGAUUUAAACUCUUUCCGAGGCCACCCUUUUUUCUCGCAUGAGUCAAGUCGGCUCAAUCAUAUUUACACCUCACAUAAACUUUCAAGCCAGCUGAUCAUGGGUACCUCAACCGUUGUUACAGGGCCGGAAACUACCUUACUCCGCUUGGCAUCGGGGAAUGGACCGGUCACACGCCGGGUCUUGUGCACUCCGCUCCGCGACGCACUUUCUACUGAGAUUCCGAUCAUUGAUAUCUCGCUCGCAUUCCGUACGGACCUUGCCGACCGUAUUUCUGUUGCGCAGCAGGUUCGCAACGCCUCGACAACCUGCGGUUUUUUCUACCUGACCAACCAUGGUAUCGACCCGUGCAUCAUCGACUCAGCAUUUACAGCAUGCUUAGACUACUUUCGCCAGGAUAAGAAUGCAAAGAUGCGUUCGUGGGUGGGAAAGAGUCGUUACUUUAACGGCUACAAACCACCUGGAUCCCAGCGCAUAAACAAAUCAGAAAGCGUUGACGUCCGCGAGUCGUUCGGCUGGUCUUACGAUCCCCGCUAUGACCCUGACGUGAAGGAUGUGCGGGCCAUUCCUGACGAGGCCAGGCAAUUCCUGCGAAUGGAGGACUUUCACUGGGAUGGGACUUCCAGCACGCCAUUUUUCAAGAAAGCCGUCAUUCGGUACUGGCAAUCCUGUAUGAAGCUUGCACGCGUGUUGGUUCGCACUUUUGCGCUGUCUCUCGAGCUGCCAGAGGAUUAUUUCGAUGCAAAGUUUGCGUAUCCUGACGCAGCCCUGGCGCUGAACUAUUACCCACCUUUGCCCCAAGCUUCGGACAAUGUCGACUCAGCUGGAAACCGUCAGGUCUCCAUAGGUUCGCACACAGACUUCCAGCUCUUCACCAUACUGUGGCAAGAUGCUGUUGGGGGGUUACAGGUGCUGAAUCGCGAGGGCCAAUGGAUCAGGGCUGCGCCGAUACCAGGGACACUUGUCGUCAACAUUGCCGAUUACAUGCAGCGGAUAACCAACGACCUGUACGUCAGUACUGUUCAUCGAGCCCAAAACUUGAGUGGCAGCGAACGCAUCAGUAUGCCCUUCUUCUUUGGGUUCGGGUUACAUGAAAGCUGUGGAGUUAUUGACACUUGUGUAAAACAUGGAGAUGUGCCCAAAUACAGCGAGAUUGGCUGCCAGCAGUGGGUGCAAAGAAGAGCGCAAGCAAUGCAUAAGGUAGAAUCUGAUGAUGAAAAUGAGGAAUAAUCUGCAUUUCUCUACUCUGUCACUCUGAAUGCGCACAGCAGGGGAUUUGAAGUUCUGCUGGCUAGUUCACACGACACAGCUAGCCCAAAUGCUCUCGUCUAUGACAACGUAGGGUCCGAAAAUGAAGUUUUUCAACACUCUGAAAGAUAUAACAUUCAGCGAGUAGAAUCACAGCCCGUUUCAGUCGAGAUUCAAGAUCUUUAGGAUGGCCCAUGUAGAAAUAUGCAUACAUUCACCGUAGCUAAACGAGG